CUGUUGAGCCGCGGCGUGUCAGCGGGGUAUAUUUCCGUUUCGAGAGCAGCAGAGCGGAAGUAGCAGGAUGUUGGGGGAUUUGCUGUUGUUCGGGACUCUGUUGGUCAAUGCCGGAGCAGUGUUAAAUUUCAGGCUGAAGAAGAAAGAGAGUCAGAGUUUUGGUGAAGAAGGAAGAGAACCAACAACAGGUGAUAAUAUCAGGGAGUUCCUGUUGAGCUUAAGAUACUUUCGGAUCUUCAUUGCACUGUGGAAUAUUUUCAUGAUGUUUUGCAUGAUUGUGCUGUUUGGAUCUUAAACAACUUUGACUGAACUGACAACAACACACAUUAACCUUUGGCAAAUUGCAGACGACUUCCAAUUGGAAAUAUAAAAUACUCCUAAGUAAAAGAUUUGACAUCAUUUUAGUAUUGAGUCCCGGCUUAUUUUUACUACAAAUAUCAAAGGAACAUUCAUCAUUCCCCCUUUUUCCCUGUUCUUGUUUCCCCCCCUAGUUUUUGUUUCUUUUGUUAUUUGGUUAAUGAACGAAUGAACUUUCAGCCUUGUGAAGGGGUACUUGGGUUAUGCUUGCAGGCAUGACAACCAUGGAGAACAGAGCUUUUAUGUGAAGAUACGAAGAAAUGUAGGAAGAAAUGUAUGUUGAAACUUCGACACAAGUACAAAAAUGGCAUUGCAGUGCAUGCUUUAUCAGUCAUUGGAUUUAAAUUUAGCCUUUAGCCCCACUAAAAGAAAAAAUAGGUUUAUGAUAGGAGAACAUGAUAAAAACUAUUUUGUUUUGAGUAUAAAUGAGGAAAAAAAAGCUAUAGUCCUCUUUGUCUUAAAGAAGUGUUUCUCAAUCUUAGCAAAUUUAAAGUGGGUGGACUUCAACUCCCAGCAAGGCUGGCUAAAGAAUUCUGGGAAUUCAAAUCCCAGCAAGUUCAAUUCCCAGCAAGGAUUACUGGGGAAUUUGGGGUGUUAAAAGUCCAUCCAUCUUGCCAAGGUUGAGAAACUUUAAAGCCGGGGUGUCAAGCUGGCAGCCUGCAGGCUGGAUGCAUCACGCACAGGCCAUGCCCAUCCCAGUUCCGUAAAAGGAAAAAACGUGAUACGUCACGUGACAGCAACGUGACACCGCAAGUUUGACACCUGUGCUUUAAAGUAACACCAUGCAGGUAGUCCUGCACUUAUGAUCACAACUGGGCCCCAAAUUUCUAUUGCUAAGCAAGACAAUUACUGAGUUUUGCCCCAUUUUACAACCUACCUUUCCACAAUUAUUAGAUGAAUUGCUACAGUUGUUAGUAACAUGGUUAAGUGAAUCUGGUUCCCCACUGACUAUACUUGUCAGAAGGUCACAAAAAGCGAUCGCAUGAUCCCGGGACACUUCAACCAUCAUAAAUGCAUGCCAGUUGCCAAGUGUCUGAAUUUUGGACAUUGACCACAGGGAUGCUGCAAUGGUUAUGAAAAACCAUAAGUCACCUUUUUCAGUGCCAUUGUAAUUUUGAAUGGUCUCUAAAUGAAUGGUUGUAAAUCAAGGACUAUAUAGUAUUUAAGAAUCUGCAUUCCAUUCUUUGCUGACCAGGAAACAAUUUACACUAAGUAUUCCUGAUCAGGAAAGAGUGAUGCAGAAAAUAAGUUGAUGCCCAAAAGCAGUUUGAGUGGAAAGUUGUGAACUGUGCAAGACCUGUUAUAUGACACUCUGCCAAAGGAGAAUAGCUGAUUAUAUACCUUUUUCUUGUAAUAGUUAAUUGGAGUAGACCCAAGUGGUUAGCCAGCACAAAUAACUGAGGGGACAUCAAUAUCUAAAGCAGUUAAUAAUGCUUAAAAUGGGAUGAUAUCCCUGGGAGGUGAAUCUAUGAAACCAUCUUUCUAUUGAAUAUCUGGAGAUUUUAUGUAUGAGAUCUUGUGUAUGAAGAGAUUGUCUGAACAUCUGGGCUCAAAGUUCUAGUGAAAUAAACAUAAUUGUAUACUUUC